AUGAAUGUUAUGAACUGGAAUGUGGAUCAACAAUGUUUAGAUGGUACAUUAUCAUUAACAGAUGUACGAAAAAAAUUAUUUCCUACAAAAAUUACACUUGAUCGUGGACCACUACUAGACGAAAACAAGUACUCACCAAAGACAUUAGUAGGUGAUUGGUUUGAACGUAGAGCAGAUUACAUAAUCCAACCUGAUGAUUGGAGAACUACAUAUGAAAUAGAUUUUAAACCUCAUAUUAAUGAAACUUGGAAAAUAAAUCAAAUUGUAAAAUGGGAAAACAAACUUAUACAAGAGGGUUUACCCCAAGAAAAAUUUUUUCAUCACGAAAAGGAAUAUUAUAGUAAUAUGACAACUACUUAUGAUUUAUGUUAUAAUAUUUUGCCAAAAAGUCUCGAAGGACCUAAAAUUAGAUCUUAUAAUGCAAGACAAAGAAAAUGGAUUCCAGAACAAGAUUUAAUGAAAAGUUUUGGUACGUUAACUCAAUUCGGAUUAAAAGAUGCAUUAAAAGAAGAAAUAUAUAGGGAUUCAAAGGAAGGAAUAGCCAAAUGUCAAUGGUGGAGUACUUACAAAGAAGAGAUAGGAGAAAUAAAACCAUUAGAUAUUGAACAGGAUACUAAGUAAGUUAUUGUUAAAUUACAAUUUUUAUUAUAUAAUUUAACUUAUAUUUAAUUUUAUUGAAGAUUUCGCAGACGAAAAGUGAAUUUUAAUGUACCAGAUCUUAGACAUUUUAAAUAUAAAUCAGAUAAUGAAUAUUGUUUAUUACCAUUUAAAAUUAAAAAUUCAAUAUCAAAUGUGCAAAGUGCAAAAAAAUAAUAAUAUAAAAUAUAUUAUUCAUUAAAAAACUUAUAUAAAUUUUUUUACACAAACAUAUCUUAAAUAAAGAUAUAAUAUUUAUUUUAUUUAGUUAUUUUAACAUCACAUCAUAACACAAUAAUAUUCUUACAAAUAUAAAGAAUAUUUUGGAUUUUACCACUAUAUAUAUACAAAAUUUGUAAUGUAAAAUUUUUUAUUUAUAUUAAAAAAAAUAAAAAAAGAUAGUUUCAUAAAUGUACAUAUGUAUAAAUAUUAAGAUAUUAAUUAUGUAAUUAGCAAUGUAAUUUGAAAAUUAUUUUUAUUUUAAUUUUAAAAUAAUUAUAUAAUAAAAAUAUUGAUUUUUUAAAGAAAUAUAAUAACACCAUCAUAGAAA